AUGCGGCAAUAUCGGUACAAAGAUACUCUCCACAACAUGAAGCCGGAUAAAAAAGAGGGCAGUGUUAGUGCUGAUACUUGGGCGUCAUGGAAGCGAGACUGGGAUACUGCUGAGGCUAAAAAGAAGUCUGAUAUAGCACGAGCUAAUCGGAUGAGCGAGCCAUCCGGAGCUGGCACCGGACCGGUUCGACAUACCGCUGGAUCGCGAUCGGCUACGAGGCAUAAGACAGUUAUGACUGAGGAGCUCGGUCGAGAGCCCACUUUGGCUGAGUUGCAUGUACGGUUGCACCUGACCAAAGCUGAUCGGACUGCGGCUGGGGAAGGGAGUUUGUCGACUCCAGAGACGAUCGACGAGAACGAUCUGUUUUUGUCUCUUGAGGCAAUCAAGAAGCAGCGAGUCUACGGUAUUGGAUCGGCUUCAGCAUCCUACAUCGGCCAGAGCAGCCGAUUGCGCCGCGGCGGAUCAUCCCAGACACAGCAACAGGCAGUUGUUAGUGAGGAGAUCGAGCAGCGCAUUGCUAGAGAGGUUAAGGAGCGGCUCGAGCAGCGAAUCCGUACUCUGGAGGCGGGUUUUGGAGAGCGGGUCGAGCAGCGGAUCCGUACUUUGGAGGCAGGUUUCGACGAGCGGAUCCAUACUGAGCUUGUGCGGCUAAUGACUACACUCCCACCAGAGUUACGCCCGCAGUUCCCCCCACCUCCACCUCCACCUGCUGAUGACACUACUAGUUUGGGGUAG